GGCAAAUGCCGGUCCAACGCGGCAGCCGCCGCACGUCAAACCAAAUCGCGUGCAGCUGCCGUCCUCGGUCCUCCCAAAGAAACCAUCCCCAAACCACGCCAGAAAACACCCAAAUCCCACCUCCAACCGAGCAAAAUCCAUCGAAAAAAGAUACCCACGCCGGCUCGCGGGUGCGAUGGCGUCGGCCCCCGGCUACUACCGGUGCGCGGCGUGCGGCGCUGACCUGAACCUGUCCUCGGCGCACCUGUACCCGGCGGACUUGUACUUCGAGGCGGGCAACAAGGGCACGCUCUCCUUCUCGUGGGUGGACGAGUCGCGGCUGCGGUUCGCGCCGGAGGACCGGAUCCGCCCCUUCUUCGAGACCCUCAACUACUGGGGCAUCCAGCGGAAGCGCACGCGCAUCAGCUGCGACGCCUGCGGCCGCCUUAUCGGCCACGUCUACGACGACGGCCCGCCGCUCAUGCAGGGCACGGGGCAGUUCGGUAUGGGGCCCAGCCAGGUGAUCCCGCGCCGACCCAGGUACCGGAUCAAGAUCAAGGCCGUCACGGCCAAUUCGGCGCCGGCCGCCGCGUACUGAAAGCUGUAUGUACCGUGGUCUGUGUGUUCGGAAAGAUCGUGUGAUUUAUGCUGCUAUUAACGUCCUGUAAUCGUGUGCUGUUCUCACUUUGUUUCGGCAGUCGCAAUAAAUUUGACCUUUUCCACCA